UGAGUGGAGCAAGGAAGGAGGAGGUGGAGAGAGGAAAGACUGGGAAGAAGAAGAAGUAGAAGAAGUGAGUGGAGCAAGGAAGGAGGAGGUGGAAAGCUGCAUCAAACAUUUGAACGGAGCCUUGAUUCGAGUCGAUUUUUAUUAAAACGAGAAAGGAAGUCGAAAAGCGAGUGCGGCGGUGGCAAUUCGUGUGUUCGUCGUAUCGGGGUUGUCGCAUCUCCCUUCCUCGGCUCUCAUCUUUUUUUGUUGUUGUUGUUGUUGGGGAUCCCACCUCCCCCCCUCUCGAAACCAAAACACAAAAAAAGGACAACACAAAACGGACCUUAAAACCGGGGGACAGGAAAGAAAAUCGUCAGAAAUCAACAGAAUCUAAUGAGGAAAACUCCCGCGACCACACACACUCGAUCAUGGAUUGUCUAUCUUAUUUAUCGUCGUAUUUUUCUUGUGUGUUAACCAGAUAAAAGUGAGUGUGUCACGCACUUGUCGUGUUCGUCUCAUCGUCACUAUCCUGUCCACCAUCCAUUCGGAAUUUGAAAAAGGAGGGGAGAUGGACAACAGUCGCUGUAAAAUGGAUGUCUUUCAGGAAUGUGUAGCAGUCAUUAAUACGAGGUAGAAAGGCUAAGGAAACUAUAAAUACACACACACUGAGUGAAAGUGAGAGACACAGGCCUGGCUUGGUGUGUUGCUGGCUAUUUAUACGCACAGACAUAUUUGUGAACACACCAACAGGCUUUCAAAACGGAAUACAGACAUUAUUGGCGCUCAGCAACAAAGAUCGCAACAGACACUUGAAAUAUAUGCAGAGGCAUAAAUUUCUACACACACAGACACACAUCCAUCUAUCUAUCUUAUUUAUCUAAAAAAAGUAACAACAGUAUGUAACUUUCUAAGCAAGUGAAGUGUCAAAUUGCAAAAGAUAAAACCCGUUUACCAACAAGGAAAAGGAAAAUACCAUUAAAAGUAAUUAAGGAAAAAAGUUGUCCUUUAAAACACAAAAAUCUAAUUGUAAAAAUGUGAAUCGUCAUGCAGAAAGCUGGUUCUUUUUCUGUUGAAUGAUGUGAAAGUUUUGAUGAUAAAACCUCGACCACCACCAAUGAUUAUUGGCAACAGAUCGUGAUUUUUAUAGCUAAAUAAUUUAAUACGACCAACAACUGAAGAAAAAAUCUAGGGUGAUUUUUUUUUGUUUCUUCUUCAGAGGAAGCAAUUUCUACAAGUGCGGAAGUGGUGUUGUGUAACUUUCUGGGAGAACCUCUCUUCAGUACUUGGUUGGAGGAAGGAAGAAGCUGCGGUUUGCUUUUGAAAAGGUGGUGGUGUAGAUGAAUUUUAUUGAAGGUGUGGCCGACUUAAUUGUGUUGUGUGGUGUCACUUCGCCGCCGCCGCCGCCGUGUUUGGGACAGGAUUUCUCUUUCUGUGUCUCUAUAAUUAAUUAACCUCGCCGCCCCCACACAAAAAAGACAGGGGUCAGUGGCGAAAGAGUAGAGAGCUAUUCGAAGCUUACCUUAUAGAGCAGAGGAAGGAAAUAUGUUCAAGUGUAUCCCUCUGUUCCCUGCUUGUAACAGGCAAGUGGAGUACCUGGACCGCCGCCACUGGAAUCUCACUACCGUACCCGACGAUGUGCUCCGUUACUCCCGGAGCCUGGAGGAGUUACUUUUGGAUGCCAACCAACUCCGGGAAUUACCUCGGGGUUUUUUUAGAUUGUUACAGCUUCGGAAAUUAAGUUUAAGUGACAAUGAAAUUGGGAGGUUACCUCCAGAUGUUUCUAAUUUCGUUAAUCUUAUGGAACUUGAUAUCAGCAGAAAUGAACUCUGUGAAAUUCCUGAAAAUAUUAAAUUUUGUAAAAACUUGCAAGUCUUUGAUCUCAGUAGCAAUCCACUGCCAAGACUUCCUGAAGGUUUGACACAGCUAAGAAAUUUAACGCAUUUAGGGCUUAAUGACCUGGCAAUAAUCCGUUUACCUGCUGACCUUGGAGGCCUUUGCAACUUGGUCUCCUUGGAAGUAAGAGAGAACUUGUUAAAGACAUUACCACCAUCACUAGCCCAGUUAAGUAAGCUUGAGAAUCUCGAUCUCGGCAGCAAUGAAAUUGAAAUCUUGCCAGAAACAAUUGGUGACUUAAAUAGUUUACAAGAGCUCUGGCUUGAUUGUAAUAAUCUUAUCCAGUUACCUCGAGAGUUGGGCCAGCUCAAGAAACUUGCCCAGUUAGAUGUGUCAGAGAACCAUUUAGAAUUCCUGCCAGAGGAGAUUGGGGGAUGCCAUAAUAUGACAGAUUUGUGCCUUUCUCAGAAUAAUCUAGAGACAUUACCUGAAGGGAUUGGUUUCUUAAAGAAGCUGUCAAUUCUGAAAUGUGACCAGAACAGACUUGCAACAUUAACUGCACAGAUAGGAAAUUGUGAAUCUCUCCAAGAAAUGAUUCUGACUGAGAAUUUCUUGACUGAACUGCCAAUAACCAUUGGGAAAUUGGGAAAUAUGAACAAUCUCAAUGUAGACCGCAACCGUCUGACAGAUAUUCCUAUAGAGAUUGGAAAAUGUUCCAAACUUGGGGUUUUAUCUCUGCGAGAUAACCGCUUGCUUCGACUUCCCCAAGAAUUGGGCAAUUUGAAGGAACUUCAUGUCAUGGAUGUUUCAGGAAACAGGUUGGAGUAUUUACCUUUCACCGUUGCUAACCUGAACCUAAGUGCAUUAUGGCUGUCAGAAAAUCAAGCGCAACCAAUGGUCAAAUUUCAGACUGAAUUUGAUGAACGUACUGGUCAAAAAGUUCUCACAUGUUUCCUUCUUCCCCAACAGGCUUUCCAUACGGAGAGCAUGGGUAAGUAUGAAAAUCUUCUCCGUGGAAGCAUUGCAACAGAUCAGGACAGUCGAUCCAGUUGGCCUGAGCGUAGCCGUGGUAGUGUGGUACAUUUUCCAGAUAGUGAAUGUUCUGAUGAUGAAGAUAGUCCUUCUGAGAGUCAACUAAGGCGACAUGGCACACCUCAUCCCCGCGAACUGAAGAAUAGACAUGCUAAGCUGCUGAAAAAAGAAAUUGAUGGUCAUGUUAUACCACAUGAAAAGGACAAAAAGGACCAAUCCUUCAUGCCACAAAGGGAUCCACGCUGGCUAGAAGCUUCUGAUGAUUCUGGCUAUUUAGAGAAAAAGAGUUUACCUCAACCUACUUAUACCAUACCUCCAAAAGAAAACAAUAUAUCUAAGCAAGUUGGGGAACAAAGUUAUGUCUCUGUGCCAUAUAUGUCUACAAAGCCUGAAGAACCAGAAGAAUUAAUCAAACUUGAGCCAGAAGAAGUUGAAGAUACUAUACCGAAGGAAUGUCAACCUCUUUUGCUUUCUGAAACUUUAGUUUAUCCAGAAGCCAUUAGAAAACCUGCACAGAUGCUAACACCAGGUGACUCUGAUGACAUAGAUUCCUCUUCGGUUGAAAGACCAGCUACUAAUUUAGAAUCUGAUGGAGGUUUUGCUGAAAAUGAACAAGAAAAUGGUGAUAUUGGAAAUUCAGAAAAUGAUUAUGCUGAUGAUGAGCAGGUAGAUCCCCACCGCAGGCGUGUCAUUUUCCCCCCUGAAAUUGAGGAGCAGCCUGAGAAAGAAAAUAAACUACGCCGCCGGGACACGCCACACCACUUAAAGAACAAGCGUAUCAACGUGAUGUCCUCGAAAGAUGAAGCUGAUCAGGUGCGCGAAAUCCUAGCCCAGGCAGCUGCAACUGCCAAAAUGGAAAAAAUGGAGGAGAAAUCCAUCCUUAAGGAAUCCAUGUCUGAAGCAAAUGAGAGCUCAUUACUAAAGGAUGUUGCUGAAGAGGAAGUUUCCCUGCAUGUGUCACGAGCCGUGGGUCAAGGAUUGGGUAUCAGUAUAGCUGGAGGGAAAGGUUCAACCCCAUACAAAGGCAAUGAUGAGAGCGUUUUUAUAUCAAGAGUUGCAGAAUCUGGUCCAGCAGCCCUAUGUGGUGUCUGUGUUGGCGAUAAACUUAUUUCUGUGAAUGGCUUUAACCUAGUUGAUGCUGACCAUUAUGAAGCUGUUGAAGUACUAAAAAACAGUGGUUAUGAUAUUACACUAGUUGUAGCAAGAGAGAAACCUGUAUCCUGUCCAGAAAACAAUGUGACCGAGGAAGAAACAAACACUGGUAUUGCUACAGUGAGCUUUACAAACGAGCCAGAAAUGGAGGUUUAUGGCGAGACAAUAUCUACAUCACUUAUUCGAGAUAAGAGUGGUCUUGGUUUUAGCAUAGCUGGAGGUAGAGACUCUGAUUCCUUCAAGACUAAUGACCAUCAGUUUUCUUCUUUCCUGGAGGCUAUCUAUAUUUCACGGAUUAUCGAUGGAGCUGCUGCCCACAGGGAUGGAAAUUUGUUCGUUGGAGAUCGCAUCCUCUCGAUCAAUGGUAUUGAUAUGCAGGAUGCACGCCAUGACCAAGCUGUAGCCUUACUGACAGGAAGUGAUAAAGAAAUAAAACUUGUUGUCUACCGUGAAAGAGUAGUUCCCAAAGGUGCCAAUGUGAGCAUGGAAAGCACUGGAUCGGUUCAGAAGUUACCACAAAUGACACAACCCCGUAUCACUUGGACAUCACAGCCUGCUGCAGAUAUAUCUUUGCCAUCAGUUUCACCUGGCUACAACAACCAGCCUAUGGUUCUUAAAGAACCAAGCAGCACUCAUGCAGAGCCUGCUUCUGUAACUCCUCAUUUAUACAAGCCUUCUAUAUCAGCUUCUACAGUUCCUACUGCUACUAUUACUUCUACUACUACUACUGUUACCAAUCAACAGGCCUCCCCAGCUCUCCAAACCAUCAGACACUCGUCACACUCACCAAAUAUUUCUUCUGCUUGCACAUCUCCAUCUUUUCGAACUUUAUCAUCUGACUGGACAACUCCACCACCCACAAUCCAGCCACCUCGCUUCCAUUACCCAGGUUAUAGUAAGUCUCCUACAGUAGCUACAAAAUUUACAAGCAAUGAACAAAAAGAAUCUUUUAUGCAAACCAAAUCUUCUUCAGCAAGUGUUUAUCAGUCUCCUGUGAAAUCUAGUGCUGACUCCCGGGCCAGCACAAGCAGUGUUAACACCAGAGCAGGGCUCCCAACAGUAUCUGGGGGCAGCUCAAUCCCACUGCUUACUUCACGUGACCGGCUACCUAGGGCUAAUUUGAACCAUGAAGAAUCGCAUGCUUAUCCAGUUGAGGAAAUCACAUUUAACACUUAUGGUGGCCCCUUAGGACUCAGUAUUGUUGGUGGCACAGACCAUUCAUGUCUUCCGUUUGGAAAUAAUAAUCCUGGCAUUUUUAUUUCAAAGAUUGAGAAAGAUGGAAUUGCUGCCAGUACAAACCUUAAAUUUGGUGAUAGAAUUCUUUCUGUGAACGAUACUGAUCUGACCAAAGCAACACACCAGGAAGCUGUAAUGGCAUUGAUCAAACCUUGCAAUCAGAUGACACUGGAAGUGGUACAUGAACCCCCACUGCUAGGUCUACAUAAAUACACAAUAAGCAAACAUCCUGAUGAAAAGUUGGGUCUCCGAAUUCGUGGUGGUGCCCUUACCUAUGCAGAUAACACUACAAACAGGACAGAUGAUGGAAUAUUUAUCUCCAAUAUUGCACCUGACGGAGCUGUAGCAAGACAUGGCCAGUUAAGUGUUGGACAAAGAAUAUUGCAAGUGAAUGACCAAAGUUUACUUGGCACCAGCCAUGCAGAAGCUGUGCAAACCCUACGGAGUGUCAGUGAUGAAAUCGAGAUUCUUGUCUGCAGUGGUCAUUCUGAAGAAAAGAUACUGCCAGACGUUACUCCCUCUCCUCUUACACCUGUGUUGCACAAACCUGAUUCCAAUUCUAUCUCAAACAUCAGCAACCAAAAAAAUGAUGACCCUCUUGUCAGCUCACAGUUAUCAGAAGAGCAACAGAUGCCACAGACACAGCUGAGGAACGAAAUCAGUGAUCAAACCAUUCCUCCAGUAGAAAGUGUUACUCUAGAAACUGCCUCUGUAACCCUUAGAAUGCCAGAUGUCGGCCCCAUUAUUCAACGGGCACAAAUUCCUAAUUUAGAAGCUGAUAGUUUAACAAAGGAAAAUAGAGAAGACACAUUAGAACAACCUCAAACUGAUGAGAGUCCUUCCAAGUCUCAAAUACCUCUUCGCGCCAAACUAGCACCAGGAACCAAACCACCAAUUCCUAUCAAAAGAAAGUCACUCACAUUACUGUCCAAAACCGCUGUAGACUCUGAGAUUCCUGUAAAGAAGUGUGAUACACUAAGCAACACUUACAAUUCCAAUGAUAUAAAUGUAGACCACAAACCUUUAGCCUUCAGCCAAGAUGCACCACUGGCCUCCACUUUACCUAUUGUGCACCCUGACACUAUUCAGACACUUGAAAAUGCCCAACAGCUACAUGAUAAUUCAUUGCAAAAUAUGAAGUCUGAAAACCCUACUGAAGGAAUGUCUUUCAUUGAAAAACAGAAAUACUUUGAAAGAGAAAUACAACAUCAAGCUUCAGGCGUUCCACGGCAACCAACAAAGCAGUUCAGUUACCUAUCAGAACAUGAAGUAGCUCGUAUGAAACAAUAUGAAGAACAAAAAGCUUCCAAUAUGUCACAUGAGGAACUUCUGGAAUAUAUGUCACCUUACCAAGAGACAGAAUAUAACCAAGUUCUUGCUAGCCUUGAUCUUAGUAAAACCACUCCACCAGCUGGCAGUGUUCGGACACUGAAAGCUGAAAAACGGCUGGUGCCACAGAAAAUGUCUGAUUCCAACAAUGUUGACACUUCUGGAGACAAUUUAACUACAGAUGAAAGAGCUCGUGAGGCAGAGAAACGAGCUGCAUGGCGGAAAGCCAGAAUGAAAUCAUUAGAAGCUGACACCCUGAAGGCAAAGGCUGUGAUUGAGAGAGCUAAUGAAUUAUCUCAAAAUAUUUUGAGUCAAGACCCAAAAUACAAAGUCAAUCCACUUUCCACCAUAGAUAUUGCAUAUGCUGAUGCUGAUUCUUCAGAAGAGUCUAGCAGUACUCAGAAUGGUGAUGGUAAACACAUGUCAACCACAGAAUCUGAGACACUUAUUCAUCAAGUGCUACCCCGGGGUCAGUUAUCUGUCCAAAAAGGGAAAGGAGACACUACUAUACGCAGGUCAACCCACAUGAUUGAUCAGAAAGUGUCAGAACUCACUGAAGAGGUUUUUGAUGAAAAUUUAGGGAAACCUGUCUUAAAAACAUAUAGAAUUACUGAAAAAACAUUAGAGCAUGAGGUUGAAGUCACAAAGCAACAGAUUUACAAAUUGAAAUUAAAUGAUGAUCAAUAUGUACAGUCUGAGCAGCAGUGACAGUAAAUAUCAGGUCUUGACUGAAGCCAUGAAAACCAUGGAAACCAACAGUGCAAACCUCAAGGUGCCUCAUUUCUCAUUAUCAAACUGGGCUGAUACUGCAAACUCUUUAAAGUUGUCCUUUCAACAGCUUUCUUCUGUCACUGCCUUCUCUUGCUAAAACCUGGCUACUACCACAAGGCAUUUCAAAGUGCCUCUGGCUGUUUAAACUGUUUGGAAAUUUAACCAAACCUCUUUAAAACUAUAUAAUUUGAUUUACAAAAUGUGAAGAAAAACAAUUGCUGGGACUUCCAGUACAUCUUGACAAUUUUAUGGUCUGCAAACACCACUUUGGUCCCAUUCUUCUGUCUUUGUGUGAUACACUUGUUACCAUUAAACAAUUUCUGAACUCCUUAAUCUUUUGAAUACAAAAAGUAAACUUUAUAUUACAAAGAAACAAGAAAAAAAAAAAUUUAUUUUUAAUUGUAAAAUAGUAAAUGGUUUUAUCUCAAAGAUUUUUAAAUUUCCUGAAAUUAAGACGAUCUCAAAUAAAAUGGAAAAUUUAUAUUUUAAUUGAGAAUCAUCUAAAAGGUAAAUCAUUUUUUAAUUCUCUUUGGAUUUUAAAUAUUUUAUUUUUACUCUUUUGGGAGUGGGGGAAAUAAAUUUAUUUAUCAAGAUGUUGGUCAGCAUGGUAAAAUAUAUGUGGGAAGCAGGGAACUCUUGUAGUCUUCCAGUUGGAUUGAGGAUUAGAAAAAAAACAUUCAGAAAUUAGAUUUAUUUUAAUAAACGUAUAAUUAGACUAAACAUUAAAAUUUAAUCGCAUGUCACAUGCAUACAUAUGUUAGUUUAAUAUGUUUUUAUAGUCAGACAACAGAUUGACUUUUCUCCCCCUUUUAUUUUCCUAUAAAAUUUGAUUAUUCUUCUAUAGUAGAAAAUCAAAACAGUCCACUUUCUAUAACUUUAGUAACCAGCCUGUAAUACAAAGAAGGCUACUAACCAGCUGCUGUCAUUUUUAAUACAAAUAUAUCUUUUUUUAAUUACAUGCAUUAAAUAUUUUUACAAUUUUUAUAAACAUUUUAAGCCAUAUUUGGUUGAAGGACUCAAGGGUUGGACUACCAACCAGAUACUCUACUCCAAAUAACCCAGUGUAUUUGAUUGUAAAUAGGUACUAUAGAGAGUACUGCCAGAAUUUGUAAGAUUGGUGUUUUGUCUAGAGUGAGUGAUUGAAAUAGAAGUCAUCUAAUGUGUUCCAUAACAAUUAAACAGUGUUGAUUAACAUCCCCAAUAAAGUUCAUACUUCUUACAAAAUUCUAAAUGGCACCAUUUUUAUAUGUCACAUAUUUCACUCCCUAUCUGACUAAAUUCUACAUGAUCUUUGUUACACACAACUUUACAAAAGUCUAGAUACUCUGCUGAGAGUAGGUAUCACUAUGAAUUUUUGAAAAUAUUUCAAUCUAACUUCUACUCAACAUUUUUUUGGAGAUUGUCUGAAAAGAAACAUUUUGAUGCUUCAUUUGUGAAAUUUGGAUGAAUAUUUUAGGAGAUAUGACAAUUUGAAUAGUCAACAAAUUAGUUGAAAUCUUGCCUAAUUGGUCUAAAUGAAUAAUUAGCCAUAUUUUUGAAACUGAGGUGAUCAUUUUCAAAUUACACAAAUUAAUGGUGACCACAGGAUAGCAGUUCCCUAUUAUCUUCAGGUUCUUGAAAACGAAGCUUUUUUUUAGCAACUUUCAAAAUAUUUAUUCAAAGUCUAUUUGUUGCAUAUAACAAACAGUUGAUUUCACGGUGAUCCAAAAGUACAAGUUACGGGGACUCGAGUUUUGUAAUAGGUAUAGAAUUAUAUAAAUACUGAAAUUUGGGACAUCAUACCAUUUCAAUAAAAUUUUGAUAGACUAUUAAAAGUGGCUAUAAACAACAGAGUUUCGGAUUAUGAUACCCACAUAAAUUGAGGAUUUUUCCAAUUUUUUUCCACCAUUGCCUUGGAAAUGAUGGUGGAAGGAGGAAAGCUUUUUAUGAAAAAAACUUUGGAAAAUUUAUUUUUUCCACCUCUUCCCCUUCACCCACCCUGGACUGAUUUUGGCCAGUUUUUUUUUCUCUGCGCUAUGCACUUAAGAAAAAUGAGCAAAGCUUUGCAGUAACAAAAAAUUAAAAUUUUGAAGAUAUUUUUAAAUGGAAAGGUGUGUGAUUUAAGAGAGAUUUAGCUGUUGUUUCUAGCACAUCCCACAACCACCUGGUACCAUUCUCAGAAUUGAUGUAGACUGAUAUCAAAACCAAGCAAAAUGUGAAAACUAAUUCCUUGCUUUAGCAUUAAAACCAUAAAUUCAAGGCAUUAAAAAGCAUCUGUAACUCAGAGCAAACUCAUUUGUAAGAGAGAGAGAAAAACCGAAAACAAUUAGCACUACUUAUGAAAGUGUAAACACUACCACAAAUUAUCCAACUGUAUGUCAGUUUGACGAGUAGCAUCAGUAUGUGUUAACCCUAUGCAAGCAGCCAUAAUAGUACUCUUUUUAUUGACUCUACACUUUUUUCGCCAACUUGUUGCCAGAUUCAGCAAUGGCUAUAUUGAAUUUCUGAGAAAUCUUAUGGUAUAAAAAUCUUGGAGAAAAUUUGUUCCCUUCUAAGUGAAAAUUAUUAACUAAAUUUUCGUUUUUAUAAUUCAUAACAAUUAUCUGGCCUACUCCUGUUGAUUUUUAUAUCAAGGUAAAGCAAAAACUCUCCUUGUUAUCAUUUUCAACAUGAAUUGAGUUGUAAGUGCUCCAGCACCUGUUCAGAAUUAAUAAUCAAAAACUGUAUGAACUUUGUGAAUGGAUGAAAAUAUCAGGGUUAUUGAGAGAACUAGGCAUGAUAUAUAAGCAUCAGAUUUUGACUAAAAGUAUACAAGAAGAAAGUUCACAUCCAGAACUUUCAAAUAUAUAAUUGUCCACAGAAAAAAAAAUAUUUUGACAUGAAAAUGAUGCAGCAAAAAGUGGAGUUUUGCGUGAUCAAACUGUGCUUGUCUUCCUUCUGUCAAGCUCUGUAGUGAUACCUACCGAGAGUGCAUAAAAGGAAACAACACCUUUCUCCUUGCUCUCUCUGAAUUAAACCAAGUAGAAUAUUUUUUGAAAAAUUAAUUCAUCCAUUUGAUAUUUUACAAAAGGAAUAAUCAGCUGUUAUAAUUUUCAGUGAGGAAUCUUUUCAUAGAAGAAAACUCAGAUUAGUGAACUACAAACUAAGAAGUUAAUGAUUCAGAUCCUGCCAUCAGUACUCCAUUGUAUCUGUGGCUAUAACGUUUAUCCCCUAAUGAUUCUAAAUUCAGUUAAAAUUAAAGUAGAUGCUAUAGGUGGCAUAAUCCAUCAGGGUUAUGCAGCAUGAAAUCGAUAGAUAUUUCAUUGACUUGUAUCAUCAAGUUCAAUUUCUCUGAUGGAAAAAGUUACUGCUUAACAUUGCAGGAACAAAAAACCAGCACCAAUUAAAAAAAAAAAAAACAGGCUUCUUCUCAUUUAGCUAUAUCUGAUAAUUAAGCAUUUAGUUGAUAAAACUGUUAACACAAGGAGGCUCAUAAAUUUAAUUCUACUAAGAUGCAGUUAAAAUUAUAUCCAAACUACCAUUUUAAAAUUGUGAUUUUCACAUACCUCUUGAGAUUUCUGCACUAAACCCAGGAAUAUUAAACACAUUACCAACAUAUCAUCCAGCUAUAGAUUUUAUAAAUUUUCUUUAUAUUAAGUUGGAUCAGCUUCCAACUUUCUGCCAAACUGUUUAGCAUUAUGUAAAAUGCUUCUAGACUACAUCGUGUAAGCAUUUCAUAAUGUCCCACUGCUUCAGGAUGGGAGUUAUUCUCUUAAUAGUCCCAUUCCCAUCACUUCCUUCCAUCAAAGAUAUCUCGCUCUCAGAAAUAGUUGAGGUAUUAUCAAGUCAAUGUGGGUUAUCGUCAUUCUGUAUCAUGUGAGCUAUACACAUACCCCACAAUUCCGGGGAUUUCCAGGAAUGUUUCUAAGUUGAAUGUUUUCAUAGCUUAUUCUCAAAUUAAAUCCAAGCUAAUUUUCGAUUUUCGUUCUGGGAAUAGCAAGCAAUUUGUAGAAAUUAUAACAUCCUGCCCCUCCUCCUUAGUUCUUCUAAUGUUCUAACUGAUCUACAAUGUUUACAAGGGUUAUCUCAAUAACCAUCCUUUUUACUAAAGCUUGCAAGCCAAAUGAUAAAAAUGUUCAUUUUAGCUG